CACCCUUUCGCCAUGACAACGGUCGAGUGAGCCCAAAGCACGUGUCUGUUACCCCCACUCUCACUAGCGCGAUCGCUGUUUGCCUGAAUCAAAGUCACCGCCCCAGCCGAAGUUUUCUGUUGAAGUUUUUUGGGGUAUUCUCGAGAGAACCGGACUACGCCGGACUCAGCACCGCAGCGGCAGUGCAUGCAGUGACAUAAGCUAAUUUGCUUUUCUCCGAAUUCGAAAAACAUCCAACACCGAAAUCUCUUUUUCAGAAGUGUUAACGCGUGCAUGAAGAAUCUCAUCUGACAGACCAAAGCCAUGUUUGCCCUCUCGGAGCUGACGGCCCUCCCAGAGUGGCAGGGGGGGUGCUAUAAGCUGCUGAAGCCCUGGUGGGAGGUGUUUAUGGAGUACCUGGUGGUGCUCAUGCUCAUGGUCUCCGUGCUCGCCGGGACCCUCCUCCUGUCCCGGGACGGGGUGGUGUGCCUCCCCGUCGACCCCCACCAUGCCCCCUCCCUGAAUCACAGCUCCCCCCACCUCCCUGAAUCCAUGCCCCCCCACCAUCAGCCCUCCCCGGAAUCCCGCCAAGGACCUCUCCCAGCCAAUCAGGAUCGUAAUCACGCUUCCCGUCCUCCUCCUCCUCCUCCUGUUCCCCAAACCGCGGCAGCCCCCCCGCACCAGGCCCCCCCGCCCAGGGGGAGGCGCACACACCUGGACUACCAGCAGUACGUGUACGUGGCGCAGGUGUGCUACCACGAGGCGCUCCCCUGGUACUCGCGCUUCUUCCCCUACCUGGCGCUGCUGCAGUCGCUGGUGCUGCUGGCCAGCGGCUGCUUCUGGUUCCGCUUCCCGCGCACCUCCGCCCGCAUAGAGCACUUCCUGGUCAUCCUGGGCAAGUGCUGCGAGUCGCCGUGGACGUCCCGCGCUCUCUCCCUCGCCGCGCGGCUGGACGGCGCGCGGGGGUGGGCGGAGGAGGGCGGCGGGACGGUGGGCGUGGUCGCGGGAGGGGCCGGGCCCAAACCGCCGCCGCCGCCGCCGCCCUCCUCCUCCACACCCGCCUCCCGCUCCCCCUCCAUCGCAGGCCGGUCCAGCCUGGAUUCGGGCACUGACAGCCCCCUGCUGGUCAGGUCAGGGAGUGCGUCUGCCUCCGCCCACGUGACGCCCCCUUCGCCCUGUCCCUCUGCUCUCUCUCGCUCCUCCUCUCUCUCCUCCGGGUCCUUCUCCCCCUCCUCCCCCUCCCCCUGCGCACCCCAGCACGCCCCUCCCGCGCGGGACGCCCCCCCCCAGGCGUCCAGCCUGGACCGGAGCGACGGGGAGCAGGCGCGGGCUCUUUUUGAGAGGGUGCGCAGGUUCCGCGCCCAUUGCGAGUCCUCCGAUAUAAUCUACAAGGUGUACCUGGCGCAGACCGUGUUCAAGGUGCUGAAGUUUGUGCUGAUCGUGAGCUACACGGUGCCGCUGCUCGGCUCCAUCUCCUUCAGCCACGUGUGUGAGCCACAGGCCCACGCCCUGACGGGGUACAGCGCCUUCCUGUGCACCCACAGCCUGGCCUCCACCCUGCGCAAGCUGCUGCUAGCGUACCUGGGCCUGCUGGUGCUGUUCGGCCUGCUGGGCCUCUACACGCUCUGCUGGAUCUGCCACAGGUCUCUGCGGCAGUAUUCCUUCCAGCGCGUGCGGGACUUGGGCUCCCUGCAGGACGUCCCGGACCUCUGUAACGACCUGGCCUUCCUGCUGCACAUGGCGGACCAGUACGACCCGCUGCUGUCGCGCCGGCUGUCCGUCUUCCUGUCGCCCGUCAGCGAGACGCAGCUGCUGGAGGAGAGCCUGGAGCGCCGGUGGGACGCCGCCCGGCUGCGGGCCGCCGUGACCUCCGACCCCCACGGCCACGCCCAGCUGCAGCUGGUGGCCCUACCCAGGCUGCCACACGCCCUCUUCUCCCUCAGCCACCUGGAGGUGCUGAAGCUGGAGCUGAUCGCCAACGCCAAGCUGCCCGCCCAGGUGUCCCACAUGACCUCACUCAGGGAGCUGCACCUGUACCACUGUCCCGCUGCGGUGGAGCCGGGGGCCCUGGCAGUGCUGCAGGAGCGCCUGGAGGCCCUGCACCUCACCUUCACCCAGGCCGCGGAGAUCCCCAGCUGGGUGUACGCGCUGCGGGGCCUGCAGGAGCUGCACCUGACCGGCCGGGUGGGCGGGGAGGGCGGGGCCGGGGGCGGGGCCGGGGGCAGGGCAGGGGGCGGGGCCGGGCGGGGCUGGGCCCUGGGCAGCCUGCGGCAGCUGCGGCACCUGCGCACGCUGGUCCUGCGGGGGGCGCUGCUGCAGCGGGUCCCGGGCGAGCUGGCGGAGGUGGCGGGCAGCCUGCUGAGGCUGGAGGUGCACAACGAGGGGGCGCGGCUGCUGGCGCUGACGGGGCUCCGGCGGCUGGCCGGGCUGGCGGAGCUCAGCCUGCAGGGCUGCCAGCUGGAGAGUCUGCCCUCGGCGCUGCUGGCCCUGGGCGGCCUGCGCGGCCUGGACCUGCGCCACAACGCCCUGCGCACCCUGGAGGGCCUGCUGGGCCUGCAGCACCUGCGCCGCCUGGCCUGCCUGCAGCUGGCGCACAACCGCGUGCUGGCGCUGCCCGCCAGCGUGGGCAUGCUGCGGGCGCUGGAGCUGCUGGACCUCAGCCACAACCGGCUGCAGACGCUGCCGCCCGCGCUCUUCACCCUGCCGCGCCUGCGCUGCCUCCUGCUGGCCGCCAACCUCCUGGAGGACCUGCCGGCGGAGGUGGCGGCGCUGACGCAGCUGGCGGAGCUGGACCUGAGCGCCAACAAGCUGGAGUCGCUCCCGCCCGCGCUGCCCGCCCGCCUGCGCACCCUGGACCUGGCCCACAACUCCCUGGGGGGCCUCCCGGCCGGGCUGGGGGCGCUGGGCGAGCUCUCGCGGCUGGACGUUCGCGGGAACAGCCUGGAGGCUCUGCCCGCGGAGCUGGGGGCGUGCGCGGGGCUGCGGGGGGGCGGGCUGCUGGCGGAGGACUGGCUCCUCCUCUCCCUGCCCGCCCACGUCCGCGAGUCCCUGCGGCAGCCGGACUCCGCCGCCGGCGCCGCCGCUGCCACGGCGACGGACGCGCGCUCCCGCCCAAACUCCCGCCCAAACUCGGACUCUCCACCUUCCACGACACGUGAGCUCCAUCGCUCUGGAGUUCGAUAG